CCACCACACCUCCUCCUUUUCCUGGCGCAAUAUCCCACCCACUGCCAACCCACCCUCUCCAGCUCCACCUCCUACUCCGUCGAGCAUUCGGCGUUCCCUCCGGCUCCAACAUUCAGACCAGAGUACGCGUGGUCCGCUAGUAGGCUACACCUUUCCGCAAGCUAGCCCCUACAAGGCUGCCUCGCAUUCACAUCACCCCGCCAAGUCAUUUGUCCCACCUCGAACUCUCCUCUUCCCGCCGUCCGUAUCGUACGGCGAAGAUGGCGUCCACCUCCUUUCGCGACAGCAUGAAUAGCUUGGGCUGGUCCAGACGGGAACAAAUCGCGAGCACCAGCACGAGCAAUCAGAGUGGAAUCUAUGGCACGAUACAGAAGCUCAACCCUUUCAGUGGCGAAGGCUACCUACGAUUGCCAACACACGAGAAUGAUGAUGGUCCUGGUGCACCCUUGCCUCAGCCAACGCGGCGACAGGAAGAGGAAGGAUGGUUUGCUUUGAGCCGCUGGGAUAAGCUGUUGAUGUUUGGUGGACUCAACGCUGCCGCGAUCGUCCUCUUUGUCGUCUGCUUCACCCUCUUUCCUGUUCUGGCGCUGAAACCCACCAAAUUUGCCAUCAUAUGGUCGAUGGCGUCACUCUUGUUUCUCAGCUCUUGGGCGGUCCUCAUGGGACCAUGGAUCUACGUCCAGCAUCUCCUCUCCAAAGAGCGGGUGCCAUUCACGGCCACUUACUUUGGCAGCAUCGCCCUGACUUUGUACUUUGCGCUUGGGCUUCGCAGCAAGCUACUGACGUUGAUUUCUGCCGUCAUCCAGCUUGUUGCAUUGGCCUGGUACGCAAUCAGCUAUUUCCCGAUGGGUUCGCAGGGACUUCGAUUCGCGACAAGGUUUGGCGGGUCUCAAAUAGUGUCGUGGGUGACAGGUUGAUCGCCGGCGCCAAAACAAUGAUACUGUCGCCGAGUAUGCCUUCU